CAGCUGCUACACAGCCAAGCGGCAUCGUCUGCUGGCCGGUCCUUGGCUCAGCUUCUGCCGCUGCUCCUAACAUUGGCACAUUACACCGCUGUGGAAGGCACUAACUUCUCCAGUACCUGGUUGUCAAGUAAAAAAAAAAGGUGGAGCACACCACAGUUGGGGCCAAACACAAGCUAUGGAAUUGAUUGUGUGGGAUGGUGAAGCACGCUAUGGCUUGCCAUCUAUGGAUCUCAAGAGCCUCCAGAUGAUGGCUUAUAUCAAGUUUUCUGGUGCACCAGUUACUAUUAUAAAAUCAAGCAAUCCCUUCAGGUCUCCAACAGGGCGCCUGCCUGUAUUUAAAUGUACAGAUGGAGCUUUCUCAGACUUCAAUCAAGUUGCAACAUUCCUUCGAAAACAGAAUUUCAGCUGUGAUUAUGAACUCUCACCCAAGCAGUGUUCAGAAGUAGUAGCAUAUGAACAAUUACUUUUGGAAAAGUUAUAUCCAGCACUUGUGUACCUCUGGUGGGUUGAACCAAAGAGUUACUAUGACGUGAUCCAUAAAUGGUAUUUCAGUUCUAUGCCAUUCCCUCACAAGCUAUGGUACCCCAGGAAGUACCAUCAAGGGUAUUGUGACCUCAUUAAUAGUAUGUUUGAUGAUCCUGAUGACAAUCAACUGGUAGAAACAGAGUUACAUAAGCAAGCUCAAGAGUGUUUGACAAUGUUGUCAAAUCGCCUUGGAGACAGAGAAUACUUCUUUGGCCGUUCCCCGUCCACACUCGAUGCAGUUAUAUUUUCUUACUUAGCUUUGCUUCUUAAAGUGGACUUGAAAGUACCAGUUCUACAAAAUCACAUCAAAGCUUGUCCUAACUUGUCACGGUAUGUCUCCAAGACUAUUCAGCGUUUCUUCCCAUCAGACUUGCGUGCUGAGGAACAAGCAAAGAGAAUUCUUCCAUGCUCCUCUGUGAUGGAACCAAAUCUUCACUCAGAGGCCCACAGGAGCACUGACACCCGAGAUUCUCCACCGAAGGAUGAUGUUCCAAACAAAGGAAGAAACUUACUCUUGUCUGGCCUUGUAGCAUUCUCUGCUAUGUUUGGAUAUGCCAUAGCUGCAGGCCUAGUACAGGUUGACAUGGGUGAGCCACCAACAGAAGAUGACUAUGAUUAUGAAUAUGAUGACUACAAUGAUGGUGAAUCUGGUGGGAGCUAGACAACAUUAUGGGUGGUAUAUUAUACUGAUACAUUGUUUAUUGUCACUAGCAUAAUUGAUCAGGUUCUGAACUUCAGUGAAGAUAACCCGGAAUGGGUUAUUAAUAGCAGAAAAUUAUAAAUGCUCUCCUUUUCAUCUUCAUGGUUUUUAUUAAUACUACAAAAUGAUCAGUGAUAUCAUUAUUAUCAUUAUUGUUUUUCUUAUUAUUCACUUGUUGGUAUAGUGGUUAGCAUGUUUGGCACACAUUCAGGUAGUUUCACAUUCAAAUCCUGGUCUGGGUGAAGACAAAAUGGUUUGCCCUUUUUCACUUAUCAGUGAAUAGGCAUGGGAUGCAACACAAGGAGUUGUGAUCUUGCCUUUCUGGCAGAAGUGUAAGGCUGAGAAUCUUGCUCUCCUGUUUGUGUAUAUUGUGAGUGUGAAUGUGUGUGCUUCCUCAGAAGACCAGAUAUGAUCUACACUGAAAGGUAAACAAGGUGAGGUAUAAUAUAUAUAUAUAUAUAUAUAUAUAUAUAUAUAUAUAUAUAUAUAUAUAUAUAUAUAUAUAUAUAUAUAUAUAUAUAUAUAUAUAUAAUUUACUUUUUAUUGAUUAAUGCUAGUGAAUGUAUAUGCCAUGUUGUAGAGCAGAAAUAUUUACAAUUUUCAUCAUAUUGUGACAUCAUUUUUAUUUUGUACAUUAUUUUUGUAAGGUUAUGGUUAUUUGCUCAAUCUGUAAAAUAUAAUGCUGACAAAAUUUUA